AUGCAACGUCCUGUGACAUCAUCCGCCACCAUCCUCCGAUGGGUGAUGCCCUCGGCGGCGGCACGCACGCCAGUUACUCGCUGUUUCUCCUCUGUCGGCACCGCCCAUCAGUCCUCUAAGCGUGAUAUGCAAACCGCGACUGCCUACCGCCCGCACAGCCUCCCUUCUUCUUUCCCGCCGCCUCGCAACGCUGGAGGCGCCGAUACUUCAAUCUCUGCGGAGUUCCCUCUCCCUGCCGACAAUGCCCAGAAGCCCACUCAGCCAGACUCCAGUAAUGUGAGCCUACGUGAAGGCGAAGCACAAGUCUCCAAGCCAGCCUCAGCGGCAUCCACCAAGGCUUCUCCGAAACCCCGUCGACCACUGCGACCAAGGAAAGCCGCCAUGAAGUUGACCCCGGUUGCCACAGAGCAGCUACGCAAGCUCAUGUCACAGCCAGACCCAAAAUAUAUUCGGGUUGGUGUGAAGAACCGCGGUUGCUCCGGUCUUGCGUACCACCUCGAGUACGUGGAGAAGCCCGGCAAGUUCGACGAAGUGGUUGAGCAGGAUGGCGUGAAGGUCCUGAUCGACAGCAAGGCGCUGUUCAGUAUUAUUGGCAGUGAAAUGGACUGGCAAGAAGAUAAACUAAGUCGGCGAUUCAUUUUCCGCAACCCUAACAUCAAGGAGGAAUGCGGCUGUGGAGAGUCUUUCAUGGUUUAA